CCGGAGACCAGGAUCCCGCGCGCCCGCCCGGCGGCGGAGCCCUGGGAGCCCCGCGUCGCGAGACUGUGCGGUGGGGCCCUCCCCGCGCUGGCCCGGGAGGCGCGGGCGAAACCGGCGGCGUGAAGUCAGGAGCGCGGGUGCGCGUCCCCGCCCAGGUGACCGUCGCCGCCCAGGCGACCUUGCCCGGCGGCCCUCCCCGCGCCGGCCUCCCGCGUCACAGCUAGUUGAAUCAAGUUUUAUUUAUUCUACUGAAUAUGGAUUAAAUAGGAAAUUCAAAAAGGUUUAGCAGAAUCCAUAACGACUAAAAAUCAGGCACUGGGAGUUGGGGAAGGAAGUGGACUAUCCUAGAAACUGCAUCCAAAUACAGAAGGAGGCAGAAAAAGUAUUCAAGAGAUUAAUAUUUGAAGAAUAUCUUGCCAAAUUUGAUGUUUAAAAACUCAGUCAACCAACAUGAGUAUAUUGAGUGCCUAGUAUUCUUGCUCAGCAAGAACCCCAACUUUGCAGCGGAAAAAAAAAAGUUCUGGAGGCAGGAAAGCCAAGAUGAAGGCCCUGUCAGGUUCGGUGUCCAGGCUCCUAGGUGGCUGCUUUCUCGCUGUGUCCUCACAUGGUUGAAAGGGGCAUGCAUCAAUCACCCUUGACCUUUGUAAUACGUCACCUUUGACAACGGAAAUGGCGGCCACGACCAGAUUCUUCAUUCCUUUAAGGCUGAAAAUGAAGAAUUGUGUCAAUAGAAGUCAGAAUGAAUGAAGUAGAAAAUGAUAGAAGUGAAAGGCAAGAAGCGAAACCCUGGCCUCAAAAUUCCCAAAGAAGCAUUUGAACAGCCCCAGACCAGUUCCACGCCGCCUCGAGAUUUAGACUCCAAAGCUUGCAUUUCUAUCGGAAACCAGAACUUUGAGGUGAAGGCAGAUGACCUGGAGCCUAUCAUGGAGCUGGGCCGAGGUGCGUACGGAGUGGUGGAGAAGAUGAGACAUGUGCCCAGCGGGCAGAUCAUGGCAGUGAAGCGGAUCCGGGCCACCGUGAACAGCCAGGAGCAGAAAAGGCUACUGAUGGACCUGGAUGUCUCCAUGAGGACAGUGGACUGUCCCUUUACGGUCACCUUUUACGGCGCGCUCUUCCGGGAGGGUGAUGUUUGGAUCUGCAUGGAGCUCAUGGAUACGUCGCUAGAUAAAUUCUACAAACAAGUGAUUGAUAAAGGCCAAACCAUUCCAGAGGACAUCUUAGGGAAAAUAGCAGUUUCUAUUGUUAAAGCAUUAGAGCAUUUGCACAGUAAGCUCUCUGUCAUCCAUCGAGACGUCAAGCCUUCCAACGUGCUCAUCAAUGCUCUGGGCCAAGUGAAGAUGUGCGACUUUGGCAUCAGUGGCUACCUUGUGGACUCGGUGGCUAAAACUAUCGAUGCUGGAUGCAAACCGUACAUGGCUCCGGAAAGGAUAAACCCGGAGCUCAACCAGAAGGGCUACAGUGUGAAGUCUGACAUUUGGAGCCUGGGCAUCACCAUGAUUGAGUUGGCCAUCCUUCGGUUUCCCUACGAUUCAUGGGGAACUCCUUUCCAGCAGCUCAAACAGGUGGUGGAGGAGCCGUCACCACAGCUGCCCGCAGACAAGUUCUCCGAAGAGUUUGUCGACUUUACCUCGCAGUGCUUGAAGAAGAAUUCCAAAGAACGGCCAACAUAUCCAGAGCUUAUGCAACAUCCGUUUUUCACUCUACAUGAAUCCAAAGCAACAGAUGUGGCAUCUUUUGUAAAAUUGAUUAUUGGAGACUAAAACGAUGGACUCAAUCGGUUGACCCUCCCGUGGAUUGGUGGGUUUACGGGGUGAAGCAAGGUCACUAAAGCGCCAACAGAAACUCAUCCUUGAGAUAAUUUAACCCUGCCUCUCAGAAGGCUUUUUUCUCCCAAUUUUCUUUUCCUCCCCCCUCCAAAAGGGGCCUUGGAAUCUAUAGUAUAGAUUGAACUGUCUAGAUGGAUGAAAUAUGAUAAAAGCUUAGGACUUAAAAAGGUGAUUAAAUAUUUAAUGAUGUG